AUGGCAACAACAACAACAACAAGUUCAUAUACUCCUGCUGAAGUACGUGGUGAAGUUAAUGAACUUCGACUGCAACUUCGGGAUCCCCAAGUGGAGAAGGAUCCUAUUCGUAAACGUGAUGUUCUUCGCAAAGUGAUUGGACUUAUGACAAUGGGAGUUGAUACCUCAAGUCUUUUUUCGGAAAUGAUUUUAUCAUGUUUUACAACUGAUAUUGUAAGUAAGAAACUCAUAUAUUUUUAUCUUAUGAGUCGUUCAGAGAAUAAUGCCGAAUUGACACUUUUGAGUAUCAAUACAUUAAUGAAAGAAUGUGGAGAAGAAAGUCCCUUGGUACGUGCACUCGCUUUGCGUUCUCUCGCAUCACUUCGUUUACCACAACUUUUUGAUUUUUUAAUUCCUCUUGUGAAAAAAUGUUUAAGUGAUACUUCACCACAUGUACGUAAAACUGCAUGUUUAUGUGCAUUGAGGGUUUUUCGUAUUUCUCCUAUUGAGUUCCACAAACAACAUUUUUUAGAUCGUAUGCUUGGAAUGCUGCGAGAUCCUGAUCCAUUGGUUUACUGCAAUGCUCUCUCUGUACUUGUAGAAGUCUCACGAGAUGCUGAAUCUAAUGGUACCACAGAAGGAGUAUUUAAAGUAACCAAACCAAUUUUAUAUCACUUGUUAAACAAGAUGCGUAAUGCACCUGAAUGGCAUCAGGCACAAAUUAUUAAUCUUGUUCUUCGUUAUACCCCUAGUAAUGAAGAAGAAAUGUUUGAUAUUAUGAAUCUUCUUGAAGAACGUCUUCAAAGUCAUAAUAGUGAUCUUAUCCUUAGUGUGUGUGAUGUAUUUUUCCAUCUCACUCAGAAUUACCCUGCGGUUCAUCGUCAAGUCUUUGAUCGUCUUAAAUAUCCACUUCUUACUUUAGUUUCCUCUAGUUCAAAAGUGGAAGUUUCCUAUGUUGUGCUAUGUCAUAUCAAGUUACUUGUUGAACGUGAUCCAGCUGUAUUUCAAGAUGUUUAUAAAAUCUUUUAUUGUCACUAUACAGAACCCACCUAUGUGAAGGCUGUAAAAAUAGAUAUUCUCGCUAUGAUAGCUGUUUCAACAACAGCAGAGGCCAUUCUGGAAGAAUUUCUCGCCUAUGCGUUGGAACGAGAUGUGGCUGUGGUACGUUUGGCUAUUGCCGCUAUGGGACGUGUAGCCCUACGACUUCCAUCUACCGCAUCUGUGGUAUUACAAUAUUUUAUUCUUUUUCUUGAAAGUGAUACCAAUCAUGCACGAGGUGCAACACUUGCUGUGAUGAAAGAUUAUUUACGUAAAUACAGAGAUACGGCUGUAGUUCAACCUUUUUUAGAUGCUCUUGUGACUGUCUAUCAUGAGAUGAAUUUUACAGAUGAGGAGAGUAAAGUGGCAUUAGUAUGGGUAAUGGGUGAAUUUGGGGAAUAUAUUGAAGAUGCCCCUUAUAUUCUUGAAGAGAUGUGCCAUAAAGGACUUUUUACAGAAACGCCAGAGUUUCGUUUACAGUUUCUCACUUCAGCCGUUAUGCUUUUCUUUAAAAGACCACCAGAGAUGCAACAGUUACUUGGGAAAAUGUUUAAACUUCUUAUUAAUGAUUUUUCACAUGCAGAUGUGCAUGAUCAAGCUUUACUUUAUCAUCGACUUUUACGUCACAAUCUGGCAGCGGCGUCUAAAGUUAUAUGUUCUCCAAAAGUAGAAAUAAAAGAAUUUGUUGAAGAUCAAAAUGCCGCAUUACGUGAUAAACUCUUUGAAGAGUUUAAUACUCUCUCUGUAGUUUAUCAUCAACCAAGUGAUAGUUUUAUGAGUUCCCUAUCUGCUGUAAAUGAUGAGGAAGAUGAAGAAGAAAAUGAUGAUGAUAAUGAUAAUAAUGAUAAUAAUAAUGAUCCAGUAGCAGAGGAAGAAGUGAUAUCAGAGGCAGUAGUGGUAGGCACAGGUGAAGAGAAUAAAAAAGCAAAUGAAAAUACUUUUUUAUGGCAAACCAAUUCCCAAACACUACUCUCUAAUAAUUUUGAACUCUCAGAUGAAGUAGAGAUGGAUCCACAAGAAUUUCAACGUCAAUGGGGAAAUUUGGAUAACAGAUACACAGCAACGUUGCAGUUACAGUUGCGAGCUGUGCCUAAUGAUAUUGAAGUAUUUGAAGAGACAUUAGAAGAAUGUGGGAUCAUUACAUUAGCAUCCGGUAUGCAAGGAACUAGUACACAUAAAUAUUAUCUCUAUGCUCAACAGGAGGGAAACCAUGAGACAUACUUUUUACUAGAACUCUUUCUACACAACUCUGGUGAUGUGAACAUCACUGUUAAAUCUGAAAAUCCUAAUAUGCAGCAGUUCCUUGUGCUUCUUAGAAGAAUAAUGGAACAGUUUUAG